UUUGAAUGCUAUAAUCGAUUUAACAGGCUCAUCGGGGUAUCGCGAGCCCGAGCAUCAUGGCUGGUAAAGGGAAGAAGAAAAAACCGAAGAACGGCGGAAAAAACGGCGAAUCGAACAAGAAAAAAGCCUCCAAGCCGAAGAGAACGGGAGGAAGAAAGGGAAGAUCGAAAAGUGCGAGAUGUAAUGUGGACGUGUUCACAGAAAUCGCGAUGGAAAACGCCUAUACAACCUGCCAUAACGUGCAGGAUUUGCUACGAUGGAGAGGGUUCCCUUGGCCUGAUGCACAGAAGAAAAAGAAAAAGGGGAAAAAGUAAUUUGUUGUAUUAAUAAUUCGUCUACUUGAGUGUGCGUAA